UUGGUUACUGUUAUUGUUCGAGUGAACUUGUAAGUCAAGAGACUCUUAAUAUUAAAAGAAAUAUAUCAAGGUUUUUAAAUUCAAUAUAAUUGAGAAAAGUAUGUAUCGUUCAGAAUUGUAAAUUUAAAAAAAUAUCUUUCUUAUUUCAAUUAUUAAUUCAGAAUGUCAAAUAAGUUUAUACUAGUUUGUGCAUUAUUUGCAAUAAUUAAUUAUGAUUCCGCGAGUGCAUUAUCUAGAUCAUAUUCAGCUGGUGGAGUAUGGAGUAAUGUUAAUUCUAAUGGAUUUUCAAUUCGUCAAGAACCAAAUCAACUUUUUUGUGGAAGUUUAAUAUGUAUUAAUGCUGUUAAUUGUGAAAUAAUAAAACAUGGCUCAAAUAUUCAUGAGAAAUGUGCCGAUUUAAAUGGCAGAAUAAUUGAUCAAAAAUCAUAUUCUGGAUCCUCUUUUGGAGACGAUGUUGAAUUAUAUUUUGGACCAGCAUAUGCUAGACAAGCUGAAGAACAAUCACGUAUAAUAGGAGAACAAGUACAAGAUCAAAUAAAUAAUGCUUUUUCAAAUUUCCCUCCACAUCUUUUACCCAAUAAUAAUAAUAAUAAUUAUAACAAUAAUAUGAACAGUGUUUAUCGAUCUGAAGCGACAUCUAACGGAAAGAUUAUUUCAUCCCUUUCAAUGUUGGUAACUACUUUGUUAAUUUGCAUGGCACGUUAAUUAAUGGCUCUUUACGUGGUAAAAUAAUUAAGUUUAUUUUUAAUAAAACCAAAAAUUUAAAUUAAAAUUUAUAAUGUUAAUUUUUGUAAUUUACCUGGAAGGUGAAAUUUGUUUUGAGCUUUAUAUUGUAAAAAUAAUCUUAUGACAAAACAA